AUGAGCACCGAACUUUCCAAAAGGAAAAGAUACAGAGAGACAAAGAAAGGGGAUAGGGUCAAAUUACAGAAGCUAGAGCAGAAACAUGUUAGAAUAGCUGAUUUGGACACAGACAAGCCUGCUUUGGAAACUUUAGGGGAAUCAGGUAAGAUUAAGAUGCCAAAGAAGAGGUAUUAUAGGCAGAGGGCACACUCGAAUCCGUUCUCAGACCACAGUUUGGACUAUCCCACAUCACCAGAUGAUAUGGACUGGACUAAGCUGUAUCCAUAUUACAAAACACAAGAUGGUAAAAUAUCAAAGCAGGUGGAAAUAGCAGAUAUUGGCUGUGGAUUCGGAGGAUUGACAGUUGCUUUGGCAACACAGUAUCCAGAGAGUUUGAUCUUGGGAAUGGAGAUUCGUGUGCAAGUGAGCCAAUAUGUGGAAGACAGGCUUUUGGCUUUAAGAGAGAAUUCUAGGGUGAAAGGAGAGUACCAGAAUGCGGCAGUCAUACGAGCGAACGCAAUGAAGUUUCUCCCAAAUUUCUUCAAGAAGGGACAGCUCAGCAAGAUGUUCUUUUGCUUCCCUGAUCCGCAGUUCAAGCAGAGAAAACACAAGGCAAGGAUUGUCACUACCACUUUGCUCAGUGAGUAUGCCUUCGUGCUGAAAGAGGGCGGAAUCAUCUACACUAUUACGGAUGUUCUUGAUUUGCAUAACUGGAUGGUCAAGCAUUUGGACGCACAUCCUUUGUUUGAGCGGUUGGACAAGGACUGGGAGGAGAAAGAUGACUGUGUGAAGAUCAUGACAGUUUCUACAGAAGAGGGUAAGAAGGUGAGCAGAAACAACGGAAGCAAGUACAUAGCGUGCUACCGGCGUGUUGCGGAUCCAGAGUUGUGA